AUGAGCGCCAACUUCCUCGACCAAGAGUUCCCUGACGAGGAGGAGGAGGACGACUUUAACCCUCAACCAGAAGUAGGCAGCGACGAUGAAGCCGACGCGAAGCCGAACGUCGAAGCCGACGAGGAUGAAGAUGAGCCAUCGUCAGAGCGGCCGCGCGCCCGAUCUGCGCCCAAAGACGACGAUGACCUCAAAGAGGAAGACGGAGAUGGCGUGAACGCCGCCGACGGCGACGAUGAGGAGGGUGAAGCUGAGGGAGAGGAGGAAGCGCAAGGUGCCGACGAAGAAGAGGACGAGGAAGAGGACGAAGAGGACGAAGACGAGGAACAGCCCUCUCGGAAGCGGAGAAAGAGGAGACGCAAUCAGUUCAUUGAUGUUGAAGCCGAAGUCGACGAGGACGACGAAGAGGAGCCAGAGGAGGAAGAUGACAUGCCCGGCGAAGAAAUGCACCCAGACGAUCUUCAAGAGCUGCCCCCGGGAGCAGAUCGCGACGACCGCAUGCAUCGUGAGCUUGAUCGCCAACGAGAGCGACAGGAGGCUAUGGACGUAGAAGAGACCGCUGCAAGGCUCAAAGAGAGAUACGGUCGGCAAGCGCGUGCUGGUGGUGCCGGUUCUGCCAUUGUCCCACAGAAGCUGCUCAUGCCUGGUGUUAAUGACCCACGCAUCUGGCGGCUGAAGUGUCGACCAGGCAAAGAACGUGAGAUCAUCUUCGCCAUUCAGCACCGCAUAGUCGAGCGAUCUAAGAGUCGCGAACCGGUGCAGAUAUUCUCAGCCUUCGAGCGCAGCGGACCCAUGGGUGGCAGCCUGUACGUUGAGGCAGCACGUCAGGACGAUAUCCUACCUGCUCUGGAGGGCAUCACGCACAUCUUUUUCGGCACCAAGCCUCAGAUGAUCCCAGUGGAGGAAAUGCCCGAUUUGCUCCGUACACGAAAGACCAAGCAACUCGAAGCAGGCAUGUACGUACGCUACAAGCGUGGGCUAUACUCUGGCGACCUUGCUCAGAUCGAAGACAUUGAGCCAAACGGGACAGAGGUCGAUCUCAAGGUUGUUCCACGACUUGACUACGGUCUGAAUGAGGACGCCAACGCCCCUCUCGUGGAGCCUGAUGGUCAGGGAGGCGUGAAGCGAAAGAGGAUACAGAAGCCACUCGGCGCCAGACCACCUGCCAGACUGUUUAGCGAGACCGAGGCGAAGAAGAGGCACUCCAAGUACUUGACCAGCACGGGUGGUCUUAGCAAGAACCAUUACAACUAUCAAGGAAAGGAGUACAAGGAUGGGUUCCUCUUGGAGCGAGUGAGGAUUAGUGCCCUGCAAACCGAGAAUGUGAACCCGACUCUGGAAGAAGUGACCAGAUUCGCAGCUGGAGCAGAAGACGGUACUGAGAACCUCGACCUUGCUGCGCUCGCAGCAACGCUGAAGACCAACGCUGGCGCGGACUACUUACCUGGAGACAAGGUUGAGAUUUUCCGUGGUGAACAGAUGGGCUUGAUCGGUCGAGCAACAGAGGUCUAUGGCGAAGUCGUUCGAAUCCGUGUCGACGACGGUCCUUUGCGUGGUCAGACCGUCGAAGCGCCCAUGCGAGAUCUGCGCAAGCUCUUCAAGGAAGGUGACCAUGUCAAGGUCAUUGGAGGCAGCAAGUACCAAGACGAAGUCGGAAUGGUCGUGAAAACUAAGGAUAAUCGCAUCACCAUCCUGACUGACAGCAAUCAACAAGAGAUCAGCGUGUUUUCGAAAGACUUGCGAGAGGCGACUGAUAGUGGCGGCGUUGUGGGAGCCAGCAAGUACGACCUGUUCGACCUUGUCCAGCUCGAUGCAUCUACCGUUGGCUGUGUUAUCAAAGUCGAUCGGGAAAGCUUGCGGGUGAUGGAUCAGCUUGGCGGCGUACGAACACUUCUUCCAACCAACAUCUCAAACAAGAUCGAACGCCGUAGAGACGCUGGGUCUGCUGCUGAUAGGCUCGGUCAAGAAAUCAAGGUCGGCGAUGGAGUGAAGGAGUACGGUGGUGAGGGCAAGUCUGGUCCUGUCCUGCACAUUCACCGCAACUUCCUCUUCGCGCAGAGUCGAGAGUCGAGAGACAACGCAGGCGUGUGGGUUGCUCGGUGUAACAACGUGGAGAUUUCGGCUGCUAAGGGCGGUCGAGUCGGUACCGAUCUCACCAAGAUGAACACCGCACUGCGAGGACCGAACGGCGGCGCUCCAGCCCCUAUGCCUCCGCCACAGCAGAAGGGUCGCGACAGACUAAUUGGCAGAACGGUCAGAGUCCGAAUGGGCCCUCAAAAGGGCAUGAUCGGGAUCGUCAAGGAUUCGACUGACGAUAUGGCCACGGUUGAGCUUCACGCCAAGAACAAGAAGUUGCCCGUCCGCAAGGACAAGUUGGCAGUGAUUGAUCCAUCGACUGGAAAUGUCAUAGCUCCGGAUGCCAGUCUGUUUGGUAGCGGUCGUCCUUCAGGCCCGCCUGGUCGUGGCGGUCCAAUGGGUGGCCAGACUCCUGGGCGAGGAUUCGGCGGGCCUCCUCCUGGUGCAGGCGGUCGCACUCCAGCUUACCUUGGCGCUGGCGGCCUUGGUGGACGUACUCCUACGUGGAAGCAAGACAGCGGGGCGAGGACGCCAGCUUAUGGCGGCGCCACAUCGUACGGAGGUGGUCAGACUGCGUAUGGCGGGUCGGCCACAGCAUACGGAGGCGGUAGCGUUUGGGGUGGUGGCGGCGGCGGCGGCGGUGGUAUGAGCACCUGGAACCCAAAUGCAGGCGGAGGUCGAACACCAGCCUAUCUCGGCGGCGGUUCAAAGACACCUGCGUACACUGGAAUGGACGCCGCCCCAACUCCAGGCUUCCAGGACUCAGCACCAACGCCCGGUGGGAACUUCGAUCAGCCAACGCCCGGAGCCUGGAAGGGCGGGCAGUAUCAGACGCCAGCUGCGUAUAAUACCCCAGGUGGCUUCCCAGAGACGCCAGGUCCAUACUCAGCAGAGACUCCUGCUGCUCACGACGAUGGUCCUCGCUACGACUAG